AUGUAUCCUUCUGUCAACAACAACUAUAACCGUUCCACCCAGCACCAGCUGCUGCCGCGCAACUCCGACCAUAACCGUUCCUGGCGCAUGCGCAAAAUGCCAAACAGGAUGUGCCACGGAUCUGACGACGGUGACUGUCACUGA